UGUGCGUGCUGGGCCUGUCCAGACUGUAGUCAGCCCAUAGAGCCGCUGUGUGGGCACAGCGCCGCUUGGCUCUGAACUCAAGUUCACCCCCGAGGCGGCCCUGUGGGCGCUGGCUAACCAGAGCCGCUGCCAAUAGCUGAGCUCGUCUUUCAUAUGGCCGCUUAGAAAGCCACGUUAAAGGUCAACAUCCGAGUUUGUCAGCGUCUCUGUGCUUUCUCCCUGGGGUUAUUAACCCCGUGUGCGCUACUGUUGUAACCCGGGUCAGCCAAGGAUUUGGAAUGCUUUGACUGAUAAUUAUGGUAAUGUAAUGCCAGUUGAUUGGAAGUCCUCCCACACCAGAGCUUUGCAUAUGCCAACACUGAAUCUCUCAGAAAAAGGGUUAAAUGAAAAUUUGAACCUUGACCUAUCAGAUGAUGAAGAGCUUCGAGAACAGCUGGAUAUGCACUCUAUCAUAGUUUCCUGCAUCAGUGAUGAACCACUGUUCACAGCAGAGCAGGUGAUUGAAGAAAUAGAGGAAAUGAUGCAGGAAUCACCUGACCCAGAAGACGAAGAAACACCCACGCAGUCAGACCGGCUCUCCAUACUUUCCCAGGAAAUUCAAACACUCAAGAGGUCCAGUACAAACAACAGUUAUGAAGAGAGAGUACAAAAACUGUCUGUUGCUGAACUAAAUGAACUACUAGAAGAAAUUGAGACUGCCAUUAAGGAUUAUUCUGAGGAGCUGGUACAGCAGUUGGCUCUAAGGGAUGAGCUGGAGUUUGAAAAGGAAGUGAAAAAUAGCUUCAUUUCUGUCCUCAUCGAAGUACAAAACAAACAGAGAGAACACAAAGAAACAGUGAAGAAGAAGAAAAAGCUGAAAAAUGGUAGUCCUCAGAAUGGCAAACAAGAAAGAGGUCAUAUGCCUGGAACAUACUUAACAACAGUUAUUCCUUAUGAGAAAAAAAGUGGACCCCCCUGUGUUGAAGAUCUACAAACAUUAACCAAAAUUCUUUAUGCUAUGAAAGAGGACAGCGAGAAAGUGCCAAGCUUAUUAACAGACUACAUUUUAAAGGUUCUGUGUCCGACAUGAAAAGUGCUGCUUUACUUCAGAAGUACCCAGGCUCCUUCCUGUGACAAGAAACUUUCCAGAGAUAGUUCAUAGUAUUUUCUUUCCAUUUGGCACUGUAUCUAAACCUGUAUGUAUUUACUUUCCAUGUCUGUUUGGAUUUUUGGAUCAUACAGUAGGCCUUUUGGGCAUGAUGAUAGAACUUACACGCUUUUCAUUUGAUGGUGCAAUGUGCUUGAGCAUAGAACAAACAUUGUACAGUUUUACUCACAAGCUUUGGUUUGGCUUUUUAAAAUCUGUUUUACGUUGUGUAAUGUAGUAAUCCCUCCCACAUAUUUCAUUGUUGGGGGAAAAAAAACUAAACUUUAAAUACUGUAAAUAAAAUAAGCCUAUAAUUUUAACUAAUCUGCAGUAAAAAAACAAAAAAAACAAACCUCUGUUCUUAUAUCAAACUUGCAAAAGGGAUCAUAGCCAAGCCUGCACUGAAGAAUUCCAUUGAAGUUCUUCAGUGGACACUCCAAAACAGUGAUAGUGGAAACUGGCACUGAACACUUUUUUUAAAAAAAGCAGUAACUCAGAUUAAAACUAUAAUACUGUAUUGUUCAGACAUUGAACAAAUGUUCUGAUGCUCUUCAGGAGGAAGAAUCAGUGUCUCUGCUCCCUUUACUUACUACCUGAUUUACAUAAACUUCAAAAUAUUAGAUGAUAAUUCUUCAUCACUCUUAUUUUCUAUUGGUUCAGUUUUUAAUAAUUGUCUGUUGAGACCUGGUAUGUUCCCUCAUUACUGCUAUCAUUUUCGUACUCAUGGUAAAUAUUUGGAUAAUAUUUUAUAGGCUGCAGUAUGUAAACAAAUAUUUUAAGAUGCUCAGUGUCCUUUAAAUUAUGUGUAGUGUUUGAGAAAUGGUCAUUCUCAUUUCCAAGACUGUUAUGUUGAAACUUUCAUUACCAUGUACUUAUAAGGCAUCCUACAGAUCUGGCUCUUGUAACUCCCUGUCUGUCAUGAUGUUAGACCUGUACCUAGAUGUCAUUGAUGGGAACAUAUUUUAUAAAUCAUAUUAAAUAUCUUUGCUAGUCUUAGAGCAAGUCCAGUGGUGUGAAAAGAGAAGUAAAUGCCAAUAGAAAGAAAGUAACUGUUUUUAGGUUUGAUUCCAUAUUUAUUAUAUAUUUAUACUAUAGCAGCCCCCAGAGCCAGCCAUGGUACAAAUACAUAGGCAGAUACAAUCCCAAAGAGCUUAUAAUCAAAUUUUUUUCCCAAGAAUUUUCUUCUGUUCCUUUAUCUUAAAAUCUUAGUGAUGAAGAAUCUGUUCUAGAAUAAUUUUCAUAAUGUAAUACUUUUAAGAAUCUGCUUAUUAGUAGCAGAUACUAUAUGAGUUCUUCCACUUGAUUAGCAGAGCACAUUAAUUAUGAACAUGGCACUCAGUAAUGCAGUUUUCCCUCUAGAUUCAGUUACAGUAUUAUAAUUGAACUUCAGUAUUAUGUGUCCGUUGUGCCUGUCUUUUUUUUUUUUUCCAGAAUAUUCAGAACUCAGAAUCAAUAGCCAUUACACCGCUUGGUCAGCAGUGGACAAUCUGCUUGAGCAGGAUAAUGGCUAAGUAUUAUUUCACCUGUCAAUGAGAUGCUCCUUCUGAUCUGCUUAAAUGGUUACGUUUCUGUGAAGAGAGUCUUGCCUGUAUUAUUCUUUUUCUUUAAUAGUUCCUCUAUAAAGAAAAAUAUUGUUUCCUCUGCUGAUAUGUUGUGAAUUCAA